ACAACUGUCUCUCGUGCAGGGCGGACGAAAGGACGGACAAACCGAUAUUUUAUAUAUAAAUUAUUGACACUAGUUUAUGUGUGAAGUGAGUGAAGUGUGUGGUACUUUUGUGUUGUGUUUAUUUUUGUGUGUGAUAUAGAAAAAGGAGAAAAUGUGGCCGCCAAGAUUGCUUCGGUGGACGCUCACCAUUUUACUGAUAGUCGCCGUCAUUGCACCCACCUCAGAUUCCACAACCGUCCGGCGAAGACUCCGAAAACCGACCAAAGUCAGCACCAGUACCUCAGUAUCGAGCAGCGUGUCCCGAUCAUCCGACCAAAUUAUAUCUGCCAGUGUAAACCGACCUAAGAUCCGAGGUCGCCCGAGCAUUGCCAGUCGGAAAUCGUCGGCUGCCAUCGACAAUUCUGUCGCCACAGACGACCAUAAGGAUAAAGAUGGCUACAAGAUCGUCUGCUACUACACCAACUGGUCUCAAUACCGCACCAAAAUCGGCAAAUUCACCCCCGAAGACAUCCAGCCUGAUCUCUGUACCCACAUCAUUUUCGCCUUCGGUUGGCUGAAGAAAGGAAAACUGAGCUCUUUCGAGUCAAAUGAUGAGACGAAAGACGGGAAGACUGGACUGUAUGACAGAAUCAAUGUGUUGAAGAAGGCUAACCCGAAGUUGAAGACUCUUUUGGCUAUUGGUGGAUGGUCCUUCGGUACCCAGAAGUUCAAAGAGAUGUCUGCUUCCCGCUACGCUCGCCAGACCUUCAUCUACUCCGCAAUCCCCUAUCUACGAGACCGCAACUUCGACGGUCUGGAUGUCGACUGGGAGUACCCGAAAGGCGGAGAUGAUAAGAAGAACUUCGUACUGCUGUUGAAAGAACUGCGUGAAGCUUUCGAGGCCGAGGCCCAGGAGGUGAAGAAACCCCGUCUGCUGCUCACUGCUGCUGUACCAGUCGGCCCUGACAACAUCAAGGGAGGAUACGAUGUCCCUGCUGUAGCUAGUUACCUCGACUUCAUCAACCUCAUGGCCUACGAUUUCCACGGCAAAUGGGAGCGGGAGACUGGCCACAACGCGCCUCUGUACGCUCCAUCAUCAGACUCGGAGUGGAGGAAACAGCUGUCUGUGGACCAUGCUGCUCACCUGUGGGUCAAGCUGGGAGCACCUAAGGAGAAACUUAUCAUUGGUAUGCCAACAUACGGCCGGACGUUCACUUUGUCCAAUCCGAACAACUUCAAAGUGAAUUCCCCUGCGAGCGGCGGCGGCAAGGCGGGCGAGUACACAAAGGAGAGCGGCUUUCUCGCCUACUACGAGGUCUGUGAAAUGCUCCGGAACGGCGCCACCUAUGUUUGGGACGAUGAGAUGAAGGUGCCUUACUGCAUCCAUGGUGAUCAAUGGGUUGGUUUCGAUGAUGAGAAAUCCAUCAGGCACAAGAUGAGAUGGGUGAAGGACAACGGAUUUGGAGGCGCUAUGGUCUGGACCGUGGACAUGGACGAUUUCAGCGGUGGCGUGUGCGGAGGCGACGUGAAAUACCCCCUCAUUGGAGCCAUGCGAGAGGAGCUUCGAGGCAUCUCUCGUGGCAAAGACGCUAAAGACGUAGAUUGGGCAUCAGUAGCUGCCUCCGUCGUUCUAGAAGUCACUGAGAAGCCUCAGCCAAUCAAGAUCAGCCUUACUGACGUCCUGAGAAGAGUCAAGAAACCCACCAAGACCAUCAUCGUCAAGAAUAAGAAUGCUAUUGCUGAGCUCGACAAGAACAAGCGCGAACCCCAAGUGCUCUGCUAUCUGACCUCCUGGUCGUCAAAGCGUCCGAGCGCCGGCCGCUUCACCGCCGAAAACAUAGACCCGAAUCUCUGCACUCACGUCAUCUUCGCUUUCGCCACACUCAAGGACCAUAAGCUGGCUGAGGGCGAUGAAAAAGAUGCCGAUAUGUAUGAGAAGGUUGUUGCGUUGAGGGAGAAGAAUCCUAACUUGAAGAUUUUACUCGCCAUCGGUGGCUGGGCCUUCGGCUCCACUCCCUUCAAAGAGCUGACCUCCAACGUCUUCAGAAUGAACCAGUUCGUGUACGAAGCUAUUGAGUUCCUCAGGGACUACCAGUUCAACGGACUUGAUGUGGAUUGGGAGUAUCCCAGAGGAGCCGAUGACCGCGCUGCUUUCGUUUCCCUAUUGAAAGAACUCCGUCUGGCCUUCGAAGGUGAAGCCAAGACCUCUGGCCAGCCGCGCCUGUUGCUCACUGCUGCUGUACCUGCUUCUUUCGAAGCGAUUGCCGCUGGAUAUGAUGUGCCGGAGAUCUCUAAAUACUUGGACUUCAUCAACGUCAUGACCUACGACUUCCAUGGACAAUGGGAAAGGCAGGUCGGCCACAACAGCCCUCUGUUUCCACUGGAGAGCGCCACCAGCUACCAGAAGAAACUUACAGUGGACUACUCAGCCCGCGAGUGGGUGCGCCAGGGUGCUCCCAAGGAGAAGCUGAUGAUCGGAAUGCCGACCUACGGGCGGUCCUUCACUCUGAUCAACGAAACCCAAUUCGAUAUCGGCGCCCCUGCUUCUGGUGGCGGUUCUGCUGGCCGCUACACCAACGAGGCCGGAUUCAUGUCGUACUAUGAGAUCUGCGAGUUCCUCCGUGAGGACAACACGACCCUUGUGUGGGACAACGAGCAGAUGGUUCCCUUCGCGUACCGGGAAGACCAGUGGGUCGGCUUCGAUGAUGAGAGAUCGCUGAAGACUAAGAUGGCCUGGCUCAAGGAGGAAGGUUUCGGCGGCAUUAUGGUCUGGUCCAUCGACAUGGAUGACUUCCGCGGCUCCUGCGGCACCGGGAAGUACCCCCUCAUCACUGCCAUGAAACAGGAGCUGUCAGGGUACAAGGUCAAGCUGGAGUACGACGGGCCUUAUGAGUCUUCUAACCCUAAUGGACAGUACACUACUAAGGAUCCCAACGAAGUAAUCUGCGAAGAAGAAGACGGCCAUAUCUCCUACCACAAAGACAAGGCUGACUGCACGCACUACUACAUGUGUGAGGGAGAGAGAAAGCACCACAUGCCGUGCCCGUCUAACCUCGUGUUCAACCCUGAUCAGAACGUCUGCGAUUGGCCAGAGAAUGUUGAGGGCUGCCAACACCACACUCAAGCGCCGGCCGCUAAACGAUAGAAAACUGUUAUGUUGGCUAAAUUGUAGGUAAUUUUACAAACAGUUAGUAUUUAUAAAUGCUUCGGUUCUAAUGGGGUUGAAUUAGAAACUUCAGAGGGUUCUUCUAUAAAGUCUGUCGCGGAAAAAAAUUGCAAGUGCCAAAAAAAAUAAGUGCGGCGAAGUUGGUAUCCGCUACUUCUGUUUUUAAAUCCAGUAGUGCCCUCUACAGAGAAUAAAUAAAGAUUUUAAUCCUAUUGUGCUAAUGAUCGGCCAUCCAUGUCAGAGAUAGAUAAAAAUCGGGAACAAGUUGUAUUUUUGUACAGAAAUCGAAAGUUUAUUUGAUGUUUUGAGAAUAUUUUGAAUUGUUUGGAAACUUCGAAACUAAUGAAAUCGAUAGAUACAAAAAACCCUAUAGAUAUUUUUUGAUACUUUGCUUGGUUGGCCAAACUAUUGUGUGUAUUUUUUUACUUUUCUACAUUGUUAUUAUCUUGAACUAUCCACCAAUUUAAAAGAGAUUUACUUAUCGUUUGUCAUUCAAAAUCGAAUGGGAGAUUCGUGUGAUAUAUUGUAAAUUAACAUUAUUGGUAAAUUGUACGUAAAGUACUCUAUCUAUUAAUAAAUUAUAUUUAUAAGGAUAACCUAUCUUACUCUCCCAAAGGUACACAAUUAUUAUAAAGAGUUCAAUUGAUAUUUAAAAUUGAUAUGAUUGUAAAUGUUCUACUAGCUAAAGUAAACUUUAUCGAAAAAUCUUAAUAUACUUAUAAAAGCCAUAAGACAUUUUAAAAUAAAUGUUGAAAAUAUUAUAUUUGCGUUCAAUUUGUUAAACAUGAUACUGUUAAGUCAUGAAACUGAUCAUUUCAAAAAAAAAUAUUUCCCUGGCAAAACAGAGUAGAUAAUAGGGGCGCCACUGUCUAUGUAAACUGUUUUGCAUGUGGCAACUAUUCUAACACAUUUCUGUGAGAACAGUUAAGUGUUUCCAUGAUAAGAAAAAUCCGUUUCUACUCUUCUUAGCUAGGCUGUAAUCAUUAUAUAAAAAAUAUUGUGUUUCUUUGGGAUUGUAUAAUUAUUUUAUUAUAAGUAGCAUAAACUUAUUUUAUUUUAUGGAAUACUCAAAUCAGCUACAUGCACUGCCCUUGAUACUGCCAGUUGUUACUGUCCAACGAAAUUGUUACGGCGUGACAAUAAUAUUACUGUAUUAUAAGUGAUAAUUUAAGUUUGUAAAUAUUGUGUGUAGUUAAAAAGAGACGUAGGAGUAAUUAUUAAACAUUUUUUUAAAGAAAA